AUGGAAGACUCAACUUUGAAGAUUGGUUGGAUUGGUCUUGGUUCAAUGGGCUUAGCUAUGGCGACUAAUAUGCAGAAGCAUUUAUCAGAAAAGAGUUUACCACCUCUUCACUACACCAACCGCACACUAUCGAGAGGUGAUUUGUUAAAGAGCAUAGGAGGUAUACCGUGUCAAACGGUAGCAGAAGUCGUCCAAAACUCAGAUCUAAUCUUCAUCUCUGUCAGCGACGACGAAGCCCUAACCACAACCAUAACCUCCAUCAUCGCCCCCUUAACCCCUCUAACAAACAAAACAAUCAUCGACACCACAACCGUCCACCCAACCACCACCACCAAAGUCUCCACCCUCCUCAGUUCUCUCAACGCCACCUACAUAGCAGCCCCAGUCUUCGGCGCCACCCCAACGGCGCGCGAAGGCAAACUCCUAAUGGCCAUCGGCGGCCCACCCUCAGCAAUCCCAACCAUCCUCCCCUACCUAACCGGCGUCCUAGCCCGCGGCACCAUCCCCGUCGGCCCCGACCCCUCCCAAGCCCUGCUCCUAAAAUCAACGAGCAACUUCAUAACCGCAGGCCUAAUGUACCUCCUCAGCGAAGCGCACGUGCUCGCUGAAUCCGCAGACCUCCCUUCCUCGGUGCUUGAAUCGCUUAUUGAGCAGAACUUCGGCGCUUACGCUGCUGGUGUGUCGAAGAGGAUUACUUCGGGGAGCUAUAUCGCGCCGGAGGGUGAGCGACCGAGCUCUGGGUUGGAGUUGGGGAUUAAGGAUGUGGGGAUUGGGGUGGGGAUUGCGAGGGAGAAGGGGGUUAGGUUGAGGGUUGGGGAGUUGAGUUUGGAGGGGAUGGAAGGGGCGAGAGCUUGGGGGGAGAGGGAGGGGAAUGGGAUGGUGGAGAGGUUGGAUAGUAGUUCGGUUUUCGGGGGGGUUAGAGUGGCGAAUGGUUUAGGGUUCGAGAGUGGGGUUGUCAAGGAGAGGGAUGGUGGAGUAGAGAGGGAGUGAGGAGAUCUUGGAAGAGUUAGGAGAUGUGGCUGGUUGGUGUUAGGAAUGAAUCUGGGGAGGCCUGCUUGAGUUAUAAGUUAUAGAUUGCUGGGAAUCGAUAUCUGCUGGAGAGGAUAUGACCUACACGAAGGAGAACUUGAUUGCGCUGCAUUUAAGACCCAAGUUCAUGCGCAACCAUGUGAUUGUAUAGGAGUAGAGUGUAUUUUACAUAUUCAUACAUGUUCCUGGCUCCUCCGUCUAGGAGCUGUUCCUGGUCUAAAGAAGAUCGACUUGCCCCAACCAAGUUUCUCCGCGAACCUCCAUAUCAUCAACGUAUAUACACAUAUACUCUUACAUCCCUCC